AUGAAGAGUGUGCUACCUCUCCCCCAGCAAGCUCCUCCUGAUAGUCCUAAACUUAGACAGACCAGGCCAAAUGGGACGGGUGUGUUUAAAAGUAGUAGCAAUUUGAGAAACCUAAGUGAUGUACGCUGACUGUCUUUUGACCCCUGUCAAAAGGACAUAUCACUGCCUCUGUUGCUUCAGCCUUCCACUGUGAAACUAACUCUCCUGUUGAUGUACAUAUUUGGACACUGUAGGAGUCAUAGACGGCGUACUGUUAUGUUGUCCUCCACUGCCCAGGGAUACAGCAUCCAACUACUGUACGUUAUGAGAUACUUAUAUUUCACUUACAGCGUUUUUCACAGUAGCACUCUUACGGCUCUACCAGUUCUUUGAAACUGUAACACAAAGCGAAUUACAAUGGAAUCGGUUGUAAAUGUUCAUACUUCUAUGCAUGCUCUGAAUGUUUGUGAUUUAGCUCACAAAUACAGUCGUGAACCCUCUUCAACAGACUCUGCCUGACAGAUUGUGUUGUUGGUCUGGUUUCAGGUGGCACCAGAGACAUCGGUUCAGCCCUCACCAGGAUGUGUAUGAGGCACCGGAGCAUUGAGGCCAAGCUCAGGCAGUUUUCCAUGUGAGUCCCUGUCUCCUCCACCUCUCCAUUCUGCCUUUUCUCUCUCUAUUCCACCAUUAGCUCAUGUUGUGGAGAGAGUGAAAUAAGCAGAAUGAAAUGAGGAGAUUAAAUUGUGUACAUAGUGCCUAAACACACACCACACACCUAGAGGAAUACACUAAAUAAUUAGUAUUUUGUAGCAAUUUCUCUGCUACAGAUCGUUAUUCUCCGCUCUGUUUGACUUGAGUUGUAAUCCCAACCCAAGGGUUUUCAUCGACUGCCUGAUUAACCCUCUGCAAGACCAGAUGGAGGAGUGGAAGAGAGUGGCCAACACUCUUGACAAGGACCACGCCAAAGGUAGGGGCUGUACACACACACACACACACACACACACACAGUAUACUACCUCCUACCACUACAACACACACAUACACUUUCUCAAACCUCUCCAUAUUACACUCUAUACUCCUUCACCCCAUUAUUGCCUGCAGUGCUACAGUAUAAUGGUUAGCUAGAUAUCUCCCUUUAUAAUCCAUUUAGGUCAGAACACGCCGUUUCCCCUUCAGCAGGUAAACCUUCAGAGGCUCUCCAGAGCGAGCCAUCAAAUCACAAAGAUACUAGUCUUUUAUCAGUUCAAAAUAAAAGCUUCCAUUGUGUUUAAAGGCAUUAUUUUGCUUAGUCAACAGUUCAAUAGUGCUUUUAUGUGCUUCAACUAACCACCUCAAACCCAAUCCCCCUCUCCGCUCAGUAAUACCCAACCUAAGAGUUCAGUUCUCCACUUAGAGAAACAACGAGUGCUCCCUCGUUGCAGGGUUUGUUUCCAGCCACAGCUUAUCAUAAUGAAGUUAAGAUGGAAAGCGCGUCCCUCAGAACAAAGAUCAAUGAGAUGUUAUUCCUUUUUAGGAGUCGCCCCCAUUUUGGGUGUGCACCGCACUUCAAAGCACUGACAAUGGCAAUGUGCGACACGUUGUGUCCGCUGUGUUUCCCUUCCUUCCGCAGAGUACAAGAAAGCCCGUCAGGAGAUCAAAAAGAAAUCCUCCGACACUCUCAAGCUGCAGAAGAAGGCAAAGAAAGGUACUGUGACUCUGAGGAUGCCUGGUGUCUGGUUUGGACUUCUUAUGACUGGAACUAGAACUUCUGAACUUGUGACUUUGACUUUGAAGCUAAAUCCGAUUUUGGGGUGGCGGAAGGAAACAAAAGUGUUGAUACUGAAUUCUACCAAGACACAUCUCAUACUGUCCCAGGUGACUUGCCAAAGGGCCAGAAUAGUAAUGGGUUGAGAGGCAGCUGAGCCACAUAUUUUUGGUAAGUUAUGUGUCUGGAUUUAAGGAGGGACUAUAUUGUGCAAAUAACAGGAUAGGAUAGAAUAGUACUCCUUGCUGCAUCUUAGCAAAUCCAUUGGAUUUUAUUACAGACUUUAUGUCUUUACGAUUUUGGGCCAAAAUAUAAUAUACUGGGCAAGAUGAUAAGGAACUGUGACCAUUCUGCAACCUGUAGCCAUUCAAGAACAGGUCCCCUUCUCCUGGGUCUAAACUGACUGAGAUUUCUCCUCUCUGCUCCAACAACUGCCAUGUUGCAUCCGAUCACGCCCCUGUUCUUUCCAGCUGACGUGUUCGGUAAGUCGCUGCCCCCUCUAGCUCCCUUUGUGUCACGGUUCUCUGUUGACCUGUUGACCUCCGUUGACCUUUCCCACCUGUGUGUGGUCUCGUCCCCGUCCCCCCACACCCUGACCCCUGUCACAUUGUUUACUGGUCUGUUUCAUAUUGUGCGGUCACAUUCCUCACUCAAGGGUUAAAAAUCUCCUGAAUGCCCAAAAUAGUUCAUCUCCUUGCUUCUCUUACUCUUCCGGUCUCCCCUGAGGUCCCCUCCCCCACCCACUACCCUCACUGUGUCAUGAGUUUGGUCUGCUUCCAAAUAUACCUCACUGACUCCCUUGGGCUUUUGGCUGCAGCUUAAUUUUGUAUCAUCAGGGGAGAUCGGGACUGCGGCAAAGUCACUCAAUAAUUGUGGAGUUCAUUAUUUGUCUGGCUACAAUAUACAGGUAAAUGCCAAAAUAAAGGAAACACCAACAUAAAGUGUCUUAAUAGGGCGUUGGCCCACCACAAGCUGCCCGAACAGCUUCAAUGUGCCUUGGCAAAGAUUCUACAAGUAUCUGGAACUCUAUUGGAGGGAUGCGACACCAUUCUUCCACAAUAAAGUCCAUAAGAUUUUAUGGUGGUGGGAAAACUGUCUCAGGCGCCGCUCCAGAAUCUCCCAUAAGUGUUCAGUUGGGUUGAGUGUUCAAUUGAGUGUGUGUCUCUGGUGACUGACACACACACACCCACACACACACACUAUGCUCCUUUGAGACCCCUUUUUCAAAGUCACUGAGAUCUCUUCUUCUAUCCAUGGUAGCCAAAAUAAUGGGCAACUGGGCAUUUUUAUACAUGACCCUAAGCAUGAUGGGAUGUUAAUUGCUUAAUUAACUCAGGAACCACACCUGUGUGGAAGCUCCUGCUUUCAAUAUACUUUGUAUCCCUCAUUUAUUCAAGUGUUUGCUUUAUUUUGGCAGUUACAUGUAGAUCUCCUCUGAAACCCAGCCAACAAACAGGGCCUCUUCUUUGACAGCUCUGAUAUGAUCUAGAUUUGGGAGAAGUUUGUCAAGAAAAUAUCUUGUUGUUUAGAGUCAUGUUUUGAUCUGACUCCUGCACUGUCUCACCCUGGCCAUAUCCUGCCUGUUAUGAAACCAAGUACAGCUUUUGAUCUGACUCCUGCACUGUCUCACCCUGGCCAUAUCCUGCCUGUUAUGAAACCAAGUACAGCUUUUGAUCUGACUCCUGCACUGUCUCACCCUGACCAUAUCCUGCCUGUUAUGAAACCAAGUACUGCUUUUGAUCUGACUCCUGCACUGUCUCACCCUGACCAUAUCCUGCCUGUUAUGAAACCAAGUACUGCUUUUGAUCUGACUCCUGCACUGUCUCACCCUGACCAUAUCCUGCCUGUUAUGAAACCAAGUACUGCUUUUGAUCUGACUCCUGCACUGUCUCACCCUGACCAUAUCCUGCCUGUUAUGAAACCAAGUACUGCUUUUGAUCUGACUCCUGCACUGUCUCACCCUGGCCAUAUCCUGCCUGUUAUGAAACCAAGUACUGCUUUUGAUCUGACUCCUGCACUGUCUCACCCUGACCAUAUCCUGCCUGUUAUGAAACCAAGUACUGCUUUUGAUCUGACUCCUGCACUGUCUCACCCUGACCAUAUCCUGCCUGUUAUGAAACCAAGUACUGCUUUUGAUCUGACUCCUGCACUGUCUCACCCUGACCAUAUCCUGCCUGUUAUGAAACCAAGUACUGCUUAGUUUGUAUCUUGUAUUGUGAUAUAUGUGUUUACAGAAUUUUUAGAGUUUAGGAGUAUAUCAUUCUUGUUUGAAGAGGUUUGGAAUGUUGUUAUAUUCAAUGUGAGAGAAUGAUACAACAUUGUGAAUGGUACCCCUUUGCAUGCAUUCGCCAAACACAAAUAAUUUUCAAGUACUAUGAAAAACUAGACAUUGGCCUUUUGAACCAGUCUGUUUGUCUGUUUUAGUAGCAUAAAAGGCCUAUUAUGAUUAUAAACAAGGCCAUAUUAUCCUGACCGUCAAAAGAGUUUGAUUUCCAGCUUCAAUCUCACCUGUAAGACAAAACAAACAGGACCGAGAACUGACCCCUGAGGAACCUCAGAUGUGGUCAGAGCUCUCUGGUUCAAUAGUCUCCCUAGCCUGUUAUAUAGCGCAGGGAAACUCCCCCAGUGCAUUGCUAUGAGUGCAAUGAGAGCAAUGGAGAGCGGCAACAUGCCGAAUGUGAUCCUUCAGCGCACAGUAAAUACUGUGGGAAACCAAACGUUGCAUUCUGUGUCCCGUGAAGGAAUUCGUCUGCAGUACUUUCCCUGGAAAAUAAGAAGGGGUCUCCAUCUAUCUAGCCUUAACCACAUAACUAGUACUGGCUCUUCUGAGAAAUGUAAAACUUUAAUUGCAUGUUUAUGUCCGUAAAGCCUACAGAGGAGAUUACUGAACGUUUCUCUACCAGUUCAGACUAGAGUUCUAUUCUUUUAGCACACAAUGUCUUGAUACAUAAUCUACUUUGAUUGUGUUCUUAAAGGCCCUGUGCAUUCAAAAACGUGAUUUUCCUGUGUUUUAUGUAUAUUUCCACACUAUGAGGUUGGAAUAAUACUGUGAAAAUUAUGAUAAUGCCCUUUUAGUAUAAGAGCUGUUUGAAAAGGCUGACCUAGAAUUUCAGCCUGUUUUGGUGGGAUGGAGUUUUGGCCUGCCUGGUGACAUCACCAGGUGGUCAAUUAGUUAAAAGACCAAUAUAAUAUAUAAUAAUAUAAUAUAAUAUGCCAUUUAGCAGACGCUUUUAUCCAAAGCGACUUACAGUCAUGCGUGCAUAAAAAAUGUUUUGUGUGGUCCCGGGGAUUGAACCCACUACCUUGGCGUUACAAGCGCCGUGCUCUACCAGCUGAGCUACAGAGGACCACAAUAAGAAAGAGUAAGAAAGAGUUCCAAACAGGGUUGGAAAUGAACACCCGCUACCCGCCAAAUGCGGGUAGAUUUUAUCAUUGGCGGGUAAGAAUGUCUAUUUCACCAGCCAUAUUGGCGGGUGGUCACACAGAGCAUUUGGGAAUUUAUUUUGUAGAAUUUUAUUUGUUGGUCGAAUUGACAAGAAAGGAUACUAAAGUGUGACUUUGUCCUCGUGUUUCUUGGCCAGUUACAUUGUUUUGUUCACACGCUAGGUUAGUUGCUGCAACUGUCUGCUGCUAGGAAGGCAUCACAGUCAGAGAUUUUUUUCAUCACAGACAAACGAGUGCCCAAGUUAUCACAGUAAAGGUCCGUCCCUUAAAGGGGCGGCUGGACAUUUUUGUCUCACCGAAUGGUUAUGCUUGAUUGAGCAUGGAUCACUCCUAAAAACAUUUAUUCAUGAACUUUUAGUAAUUUCUUAUUAUUAAAACACUAAAAUACUUAAAUUGUUCUCCUAGAUUUAUUUGUGUGCUUUUACAUUUUUACUUAGUGAUGUACUCCUUGUAGAAAACUGUCCACGUAGACCGUAGAGCCCUGAACUAUAAUAAUGAAUAAGCCAUAUCACUCAGCCUUUUGUGGCAGGGUUGGAACUCUGUUGAUGCUUGAUGAUCGGUUGUAGAACUGUUUAUAUGUUUUUACUAUUGGGGCGGCAGGUAGCUUAGUGGUUAAGAGCGUUGUGCCAGUAACUGAAAGGUCGCUGGUUCUAAUCCCCGAGCCAACUAGGUGAAAAAUCUGUCGAUGUGCCCUUGAGCAAGGCACUUAACCCUAAUUGCUCAUGUAAGUCGCUCUGGAUAAGAGUGUCUACUAAAAAUGUAAAAUGUAUCUAUACUGAACAAAAAUAUAAACGCAAGGUGUUGGUCUCAUGUUUGAUGUGCUGAAAUAAAAGAUCCCAUACAUUUUCCAUACGCACAGAAAGCUUAUUUAGCUCAAAUUUUGCACACAAAUUUGUUUAUAUCCCUGUUAGUGAGCAUUUCUCAUUUGCCAAGAUAAUCCAUCCACCUUACAGGUGUGGCAUAUCAAGAACCUUAUGCUGGGGAAAACCGAAGAAUUUCUGCACAAACUGUCAGAAACGUCUCAGGGAAGCUCAUCUGCAUGCUCGUCGUCCUCACCAGUGUGCGAAAGGUUUGCUGAUGUCAACGUUGUGAACAGAGUGCCCCAUGGUGGCGGUGGGGUUAUGGUAUGGGCAGGCAUAAGCUACGGACCAUGAACAUAAUUGCAUUUUAUCAAUGGCAAUUUGAAUGUACAGAGAUACCGUGACGAGAUCCUGAGGCCCAUUUUCAUGCCAUUCAUCCACCGCCAUCAACUCAUGUUUCAGCAUGAUAAUGCACAGCCCCAUGUGCAUUACACAAUUCCUGGAAACUGAAAAUGUCCCAGUUCUUAUAUGGCCUGCAUACUCACCAGACAUGUCACCCAUUCUAUUUUUGUUCAGUGUAAAUUAUUUAUUUGAACAUACAUUGGUUUAAAGACACAGGUCAUAACAAUUUAAUGUAAUUUAAUUAAGCAAUAUACCCCAUUACUUUUUACUCGUAAUACAAUUUUUUUGUUGUUGGGAAAAACAGAAAGCAUGCUCGCAUCCAUUUAUAUGUAUAUCUUUUUUAGUCCUAGCAUAAUUCUCGCUUGAGAAAUUGAUCUUUGCUAAGAAGCUAUUUUUGUUUCUUUUUGACCAUUUUAAUUGAAAACAAUCACAAGUCAUUGUUACCAAUAAAUAAUUUGAUAUUGAGAUAAAAAACGGCUGCAUUGGACGUUUAAAUAACAAAUGUGACACUUUUAUAUUAAAACACGGCUAGAUUUUUGAAUGUCAGUAAAACCAAAAACACUGAUUUGAUACGAUUAAGCGGUUGAAUUUGAGAGGGUAAAAUGUCCAAAUCAGAACAAUGCUCCAUUUUGUGAAGAGCGAUUACUUAAGUGGGGGGGGGAGGGGGACAAUAUCCUGCUAUAACUGUACCUUGCCUAGGGCAAUGGUUCUUCAGUGUGUUCCUGAAUCCUAAGUUUGUGUAAUAUUGUGAGGGUGUGACCCUGAUGUAAACACCAACCGGUUCCACAGCAUGAUUUGAUUUGUGCUUGAGAUAGCACUGUGAGGAUUGCACUCAUAGAUAUAAAUUGUCUAUGAUUACACUGACCAUUAGUGAUCAAAAGAUUAAGCGUGAAGUAGUACAAGGGAUUGUAAUUACAAAGAGGGUUGGGACUGUGGUGAUGGUUAUACCUAUAUUUACAUUUUUGUCAUUUAGCAGACGCUCUUAUCCAGAGCGACUUACAGGAGCAAUUAGGGUUAAGUGCCUUGCUCAAGGGCACAUCGACAGAUUUUUCACCUAGUUGGCUCGGGGAUUAGAACCAGCGACCUUUCGGUUACUGGCACAAUGCUCUUAACCACUAAGCUACCUGCCAUAUAUCUAAUGAUGAUGAUGAUGACGACUGAAAACCACAAUUCAGUUAAAACAUAUCUUUAAGAGUCUUUUCGUGCUGUUUUCACCUCAGAAUUCCUUGUACAGUCCACACAAACAUCUGGUUUGAGACUGAAUGUAGAUUAUGCUGCUGUGUACUUAGCUGUGUACUUUGUCUUCCUAACCCUAAGUUAGCAUAAAACUAACAAAGAUGGUUGUUGUGUGUGUGUGCCGCAGGUCGGGGGGACAUCCAGCCCCAGCUGGACAGUGCCAUGCAGGACAUCAGUGAUAAGUACCUGCUGCUGGAGGAGACAGAGAAGCAGGCAGUCAGGAAGGCCCUGGUGGAGGAGAGGAGCCGCUUCUGCACCUUAGUCUCCAUGCUGAGGCCUGUCGUGGUGAGUCCCGACCAACAGUCUGUGUAGUCAAACACACAUCAUUUGUUAGGGGGUUCUGGGCUGAAGAAAACAUGUAGAAAUGAAGUAGGACCCGCUUAACAAUUGCUCCAACACAUUAUUACCAAUCAUGUUGUUCCAACAAAUUAGUUCCAACCAAUAGUGUAUUUGUUAUGGAAGUUAAUAUACAGUACACUUUGUGCGCCCAAACAACCAUCUCAUCCUUUAAGGUGAACUAUUUGGCGAUUUUUGAUGAAGGUGUAUGUGACCCAAAUGUUGCAUCUGAGUAAAUGUUUAUUCUGUAAGUAUACACAAUCUGCGGUAAUCCAUGCUGGUCAGUUUACUUUAGUUUUUGCUUCUCCCAUGCACCUGUGAACGUGAUUAAUGUAGUCUAUUCUAAGUUUUUCUAUUGCCAUUGAGUCUUGCUCUCCAAAGAGAUUUUGAAAAUCCCAGUAGAGAGGGAUGACCUGCUUCAAUUCACUGAAGUCUAAAAGUAGAGCUAUUGUCAAUGGAGAACAAGCUCUAAUUUUAAAUGUAUACCACAUUUAUAAGCUAGCACAAGCCCUUACAGCAACCCGCCAUUCUUGUUCAUCAGGAAGAGGAGAUGUCGAUGUUGGGGGAGAUCACUCACCUGCAGACUCUCACUGAUGACCUGAAGGCUCUGACCAUGGACCCCCACAAGCUGCCCCCUGCCAGCGAGCAGGUCAGUGAUUUGGUCCGCACUCUCAGGACAGGGCUAAAAUAGUCCUCUUUUUGUCCUGGAUAACGGUGAGUGUCUCUGUGUUACUGAUUCACAUGAUUGGAGGUACAAUGGUAAAGAAAUCAAUUUCCCUCUAAGAAAUAGGGCUGCCAAUUGCUUUUUUACAAGAUGUUUUGUUCAUAAAUUCCCUUGUUCUGAUGUUCUUCCUCCAAGGUCAUUCUGGACCUGAAGGGAUCUGAGAGCAGCUGGUCCUACCAGACCCCUCCUUCCUCCCCCAGCACCACAGCAUCCAGGAAGUCCAGCAUGUGCAGGUUAGUGAGCAUGCCCAAUAAUCACCACUACUACACUACUACACCCAAACCUCUCAACUGGUUGAGAACAUAGUAGGGAUUGGGAGUGACGCAUCAGCCUCGCAUUCAGUCCUCCUACGCCAUCUUCUGUAUUGGAGGUGGUACUGCAGCUUUGGCAUUAUUGCUAUAAUUGGGAUGUUUACAAAUGUGAGGCCGCAGUGGCCUUUCCGAAAUGAAUGAGUCAACUGUCUCAAUACUUUUCGAAGAGGCGUGUUGUGUGAGGCAUUAGGGCCAAAGAAACCAUCCAAUUUGUGUUCCAGGCGAGCUUGUUAGCGACCUCUGCUUGUGGCUGGCGCUGUAACAUAUUCAAACUGUAGCUGUUUGAAAUUACCUAGUAACAGUCUUAAAAAACCUUAAAAUGUAAAUAUUGUUUUGAAUCAAUAUUUUUGUCAUCUAUUUACAUAGUUUAACCAGGCAUUUCAGUUGAGAACCAGUUACCAAUAUCCGUUAGUAACCAAAAGACGGUGUUCUCUCCUUGUCUCUCGCAGUAGUCUGAACAGCGUCAACAGCAGCGACUCUCGCUCCAGCGGCUCUCACUGCCACUCCCCCACCUCCCACUACCGCUACCGGAGCUCCGCCCUCCCUCAGCAAGGCCCCGCCCGCCUCUCCAGUGUCUCCUCCCACGACUCUGGCUUCAUCUCCCAGGAUGCCUACCAGUCCAAGUCGCCCUCGCCCAUGCCCCCUGACACCCACCCACAGGUACUACAGAGAGACGAGCCUGAGAACAGGAACUUGUGUUGACAAUAUGACUCUGGUCACAUUGGUGUUAUGGCUGCUUUAUCUACACCCCUCAAACAGACAUAUUACAGAAACCUUAAACCACUAAGAAGCAGUAACAUACUGUAUGAACUAAAACAUAUGCACACACACAGUAACAGAGGCAUUGUAUUCCACCCGACACUUCAGACUCCCAACCUGGGCUCUGUUACUGGUCAGAGACAAUCCUCCCAGGUUGCUAGGUAACGGGGCUCAUUAGAGACAGCAGCGGUGGCAUCACUGUGAUGAGUCACCCUCACAUUCACAGCCCCAUUACCUUACAUAGACCACUAGAACCACAGGGGUGAGCAGCUGGGAGCUAGCCCAACAGCCAGGCACCCUGCUCACAGACCCAACACACAGCUGGGUCUGAUUGAUUGCGCACCCACGCAUACACACAAAGUGUGUGUUUAGUCACUGAUAAUGUAAAGACCUUAUAUACUGUAUACCUGUAUGACAACUACAGUGUUGCUUAGAUACAAGAUAAGGCUUGUGUGGUCUUAGUGGUGGCUGGAAGUACACUACCGGUCAAAAGUUUUAGAACACCUACUCAUUCAAGGGUUUUUCUUUAUUUUUACUAUUUUCUACAUUGUAGAAUAAUACUGAAUACAUCAAAACUGGUAGAGCACGGCACUUGUAACGCCAAGGUAGUGGGUUCGAUCCCCGGGACCACCCAUACACAAAAAUGUAUGCACGCAUGACUGUAAGUCGCUUUGGAUAAAAGCGUCUGCUAAAUGGCAUAUUAAUUAAUUAAUUAAUAUUAAUUAAUGUAGUAACCAAAAAAUAUUCUUCAAAUAGCAACCCUUUGCCUUGAUGACAGCUUUGCACACUCUUGGCAUUCUCUCACCAGCAUCACCUGGAAUGCUUUUCCAACAGUCUUGAAGGAGUUCCCACAUAUGCUGAGCACUUGUUGGCUGCUUUUCCUUCACUCUGCGGUCCGACUCAUCCCAAACCAUUUCAAUUGGGUUGAGGUCGGGGGAUUGUGGAGUCCAGGUCAACUGAUGCAGCACUCCAUCACUCUCCUUCUUGGUAAAAUAGCCCUUACACAGCCUGGAGGUGUGUUGGGUCAUUGUCCUGUUGAAAAACAAAUGGUAGUCCCACUAAGCACAAACCAGAUGGGAUGGCGUAUCGCUGCAGAAUGCUGUGGUAGCCAUGCUGGUUAAGUGUGCCUUGAAUUUAAAUAAAUCACAGACAGUGUCACCAGCAAAGCACCCCCACACCAUACACCUCCUUCUCCAUUCUUUACGGUGGGAAAUACACAUGCUGAGAUCAUCCGUUCACCCACACCGCGUCUCACAAAGACACGGCGGUUGGAACCAAAAAUCUCCAAUUUGGACUCCAGACCAAAGGACAAAUUUCCACCGGUCUAAUGUCCAUUGCUCUUGUUUCUUGGCCCAAGCAAGUCUCUUCUUAUUAUUGGUGUCCUUUAGUAGAGGUUUCUUUGCAGCAAGUCUCCUCUGAACAGUUUAUGUUGACAUGUGUCUGUUACUUGAACUCUGUGAAACAUUUAUUCAGGCUGCAAUUUCUGAGGCUGGUAACUCUAAUGAACUUAUCCUCUGCAGCAGAGGUACCUCUGGGUCUUCCAUUCCUGUGGUGGUCCUCAUGAGAGCCAGUUUCAUCACAGCGCUUGAUGGUUUUUGCGACUGCACUUUUUUUCGUAUUGACUGACCUUCAUGUCUUAAAGUAAUGAUGGACUGUCUUUUAUCUUUGCUUAUUUGAGCUGUUCUGCCAUAAUAUGGACUUUACCAAAUAGGGCUAUCUUCUGUAUACCCCCCUACCUUGUCACAACACAACUGAUUGGCUCAAACGCGUUAAGAAGGAAAUAAAUUCCACAAAUUAACUUUUAAGAAGGCACACCUGUUAAUUGAAAUGCAGGUGACUACCUCAUGAAGCUGGUUGAGAGAAUGCCAAGAGUGUGCAAAACUGUCAUUAAGGCAAAGGGUGGCUAUUUUUGAAGAAUCUCAAAUAUAUAAAUAUAUUUUGAUUUGUUUAACACUUUUUUGGUUACUACAUGAUUCCAUAUGUGUUAUUUCAUAGAUGUAUGUCUUCACUAUUAUUCUACAAUGUAGAAAAUAGUAAAAAUAAAGAAAAACCCUUGAAUGAGUAGGUGUUGUAAACCUUUUUACCUGUAGUGUAUAGCUAUGCUUGCUUUGUUGGUGCUCAAUUCAAACAAUGCCCUCUUAGUUCUAAUUACCACUGAAAUGGCUGUGCUAUGUGGAAGGCUUUUAAUGGCUGAAAAGCUCGGAUGUUUUCUGCACUGUGUACAUAAGCUCAUAGGUGCUCACCCCGACCCCCCCACCUUAGACUCAGCACCUAUGACUCUACUAUUAUUAAUACAGUCCAUUGUAAUCUCUGCAUCUGCAUACUGUUAGCUGUUUAGUGUGUAACAAGUCACGCUUAUUUGCAUAACUUUCAUGCUUUGCCGUAGUGCUUAUAGCUUUUUCAUGUUUUCCUUCUUAUCGAUGUUGCAAACCCAGAAUGUUUUUCCUUCUGUUCUCUUUCUCUGUACUUCUGUCUGUGCAUCUUAUCUUUUUUACCUGUCUCUUCGUGGCUGCUCUGUUUUCAACUGCUUCUUUACGUGUGUGUGUGUGUGUGUGUGUCUGUCUGUGUGUGUGUGUUUGUGUGUGUGUGUGUGCCUUUCUGUCCUGCUGCACGGCUUUGCUGUAGACCUCUGGCUCUUCAUCCUCGGCCGUCUCUGAGACUUGCCAGCCUGUCAGUGAGGGCAGCUCCUCCUCGUCCUCCUCUUCCUCACCUGCCUCCUCUAAGGAGACCUGCUCCAGCACUAUGGUGGAACAGGUGAACACACGCUUAAACACUCAUAGACACGUUCAAAACAGGAGCAGAGUUAUUAGGUACACUUUUGCUGGUUGAUCAAACCUCCCUCAUUUCUGUCACAUAGACAGCUGCGUCAUGUUCAGUGGGCCUCAAAUACAGGAGCAUUCUUAUUGGACAAGUUCAAGUAGUAGCCUAUCUUCUGCAUUUGGCUUUGUUUCAAAUUGUACCUACUGAACAUGACACAGGUGUCUGCUACCAUGAUUUGAUGUUAUGAUUCGAUUCCAUCUGAUUUCAGUCGUGUGCAUUAUUUUGACCUUCCUUUUUCAUCACCAGCAGCCGCCAUUUUGAAUUAUGAUUUCUCAUUGUUGUGUCACUUUGUCCUCCACUCACAUUCAGCUGUCAAACGGGUACGAUCAUCAUCAUGGGCCCUCUGCCGCCCCCUAUCUGUCUGGCGGGGGCAUGCAGGAGGUCUACCCCGACCUCCCUCCAUCUUCCCCCUCCACCCCUCUUGCCUCGCCCUCCUACUCUCCCACCUCCCCCGAGUGGGAAUGGUCGAGACCAGGUUCCGCCCUCCUGGUGGACUACCCCCCCUAUUACGCCCUGGGACCGGGCAUGAUCCCCUCCUCCAAGGUCCUCACCUGGAAGGUGCGUCCGUUCUGUCAUCGACCGCCUCCUCCUCUUCCUCCUUCCUUUUCUCCAGUCUCCUCUGUGGAUGAUCAGACACUGAUGCAAUCACUUCUCACAAUCACUUUUCAAAUCACAGGGAGAUUGCAAACACUCUCCGGUUGCAUUAUGCAAGUAUUUAUAUGUGAAGUCAUACAGCAUAAAUGUAAUUCAUAAAGGCAUGAAUUCUAUAAAAACACAAUCAGUUUCAGUCCUUUUUCUUCCGUUUCUUGCGUAAUGAACACAACAGAGCUAUCAGAGCUACACAACAGAGCAGAGCUAUUCUUGGCAGGCGUUGCUCAAGAGCUUUGUCUCUCUGUGUUUUGCAGGACUGGGCCAGGCCGGGGCCCUACGACCAGCCCAUGGUGAACACCCUGAGGAGGACCAAGGAGAAGAGGGUGACUCCAGAUCCCAGCAGCCCCCAGGCCACCACACCAGGGGAGGAGCCCCAGAGAGCCAAGAGCACCAAUGCAGUUAUACAACGGGUGGGUCUAAUCCUGAAUGCUGAUUGGCUAAAACCGCAUUCCAGCCGGUGUCUAUUCCGCAAGUUAUCACCAGCAAAAUCUAUUAAGUUAAAUGCCUAUUUACUCUGUUCCAGUAAUGUAUCAACUUGAUCUCCAUAAUAAAAAGCAUCUAGACAUUAUCUCACAUUUCUUUUAGACUAACAUUUAGUUUUCAACAACGGAGAUUUUUAUAAAUCUUGCAGUCUGUCUCUCCGACAUUGUUUUAACAUUGUUUCAAUAUUCAAAUGCGAUCUCCAGCUGUCCCAUAGUAAUGAACAUGUAAGGGUCGGGACGAGACAGACAGGCAGCGUUUCUCAGCAGGCUAAAUCAUGAAUCAGCUGGUAUAAUUUUUAUGGAUAUAUACAAAGAAAUGUAAAUUGUAAAAAAGGUAAAACGAAACCAAGUGCAGCUAGUUUGCAGUCUUUCCAGCUUCAGUUUGAAGUGAUUGUGUUAGCUGUGUUGUUGGCUAGCUUCUCUGAACAACAGUGUCGUGAUGAGUGAGCACAUUUUCUAUGUCAGGCGAAAUCGCUCCUCAUUAGCUCAUUGUUAUGGAUGUAUCCAAAUAAAUGUCACUAGAAAACAGCUUAAACAAAUGCAAAUGCAGCUACUUUGCUGUUAUUCUGGCUGUUAUUUUGACGUGACUGUAAGUUAGCCGUAGUUGGCUAGCUAGCAAGCAAGGGAUAAGAACGUUACCAGCCAGUAUGUCAUUGGAAUAUUUAGAACAAAUGACUGGGUCGCGUCCAUAGAUACAGAACAGAAAGACUGAACGACUGGGUCGCGUCUCUAGCAACCGAACCAAUAGAACGAACGACCAGCCGGGUAGCAACCCUAGAUUUGUAUCGGGACUAUAUCUUGUGGAAGUAUGAAAUAGUAUGAAUAAAUUCAUCAAAAUAACGCUUUUAAUGAAACUAUGUCAAUCAUUAUUUGAAUAUGUUGGUAACCCAUUGUAUAACAGGGAUAAUGCCCUCGAAGCCAGUGUUUGGAGGAUAUAUUGGCACGGUUUGCCGGCCCGAGACAAACAUAUCCUCCAAACACCGGCUUCUCGGGCAUUAUCACUUAAGUAACUACACCCAUAAUUACAGAAACACAUGGAUACUUAUACUUAUAUCCCCAAUGUAGAGGUGUACAGUAUAUGAAUGUGUUUUAUGACCAUGCUUUAUGACCAUGUGAAUGCCAUGUGUGUGUUUUUAUUUUACGACAGACCUGUCAAAUAUUUACUGUAUACUAUAAGGAAAACUAAAUCAAGCACAGCUCAAGUUUUUGAAAGUAUUUGACCCAGGUCUGUUGUGUGGCUGUUAAAUGCAGUUGUCUGUAUGGUGUGAAAGAUACAUUUUAAUAUAUAUUUUGCUGUAUGCUUGCUGUUAUAGGGCCUGAUUCAGACAUGAGAUAACAUGGACUUAAUCAAAUAAAUUUGUAUUUGUCACAUGCGCCGAAUACAACAGGUGUAGACCUUACAGUGAAAUGCUUACUUACAAGCCCUUAACCAACAAUGCAGUUUUAAGAAAGAAUACAAAAAAAAUCACACAAAAAUACAAUAUAAAAUAAUACGAAAUAAAAGUAACAAAUAAUUAAAGAGCAGCAGUAAAAAUAACAAUAGCGAGGCUAUAUACAGGGGGUACCGGUACCGAGUCAAUGUGCGGGGGCACCGGUUAGUCGAGGUAAUUGGGGUAAUAUGUACAUGUAGGUAGAGUUAUUAAAGUGACUAUGCAUAGAUAAUAAACAGAGUAGCAGCAGCUUAAAAGAGGGGGGCAAUGCAAAUAGUCUGGGUAGCCAUUUGAUUAGAUGUUCAGGAGUCUUAUGGCUUGGGGGUAGAAGCUGUUUAGAAGCCUCUUGGACCUAGACUUGACGCUCCGGUACCUCUUGCCGUGCGGUAGCAGAGAGAACAGUCUAUGACUAGGGUGGCUGGAGUCUUUGAUAAUUUUUAGGGCCUUCCUCUGACACUGCCUGGUAUAGAGGUCCUGGAUGGCAGGAAGCUUGGCCCCAGUGAUGUACUGGGCCGUACGCACUACCCUCUGUAGUGCCUUGCGGUCGGAGGCCGAGCAGUUGCCAUACCAGGCAGUGAUGCAACCAGUCAGGAUGCUCUCGAUGGUGCAGCUGUAGAACCUUUUGAGGAUCUGAGGACCCAUGCCAAAUCUUUUCAGUCUCCUUAGGGGGAAUAGGUUUUGUCGUGCCCUCUUCACGAUUGUGUGCUUGGACCAUGAUAGUUUGUUGGUGAUGUGGACACCAAGGAACUUGAAGCACUCAAUCUGCUCCACUACAGCCCCGUCAAUGAGAAUGGGGGCGUGCUCGGUCCUCUUCUUUUUCCUGUAGUACUUAGGUCAACAUUUUUUGACUUAAGUCCAUAUUAAAGGGCAACUCCACCACUUUUCAAUCUUUUCAAUCUCAUUUUCAUUAUCUCAGCACAAUACCAUUGCCUACAUACUGUAUGUGAAAACUGCGCAUUUCUACCCGAUGACAUCACCAAAAUGUUAAACAUUUUAUUAACAUUGAUUUGCGAACACUCUUGAGAUUCACGGUGACGUGGGGAGCAAUAAAAUAUCCUCUCUCUGGCUAGAAACUCGUUGCAGGUUUUGAAAUCACAAUUUUGUAAAAACUUUUAAUCCUACACUGUGAUGUCACAGAGAAGCAUUUUUUAGGACCUUUCUUCUUAUCUUUUUAACCACAGAUCAUAGACCGUGCCGUUUUCAGAUAUGUAGAGACUGGUAUGGUGCUGGAGAUAAUGAAUAUGAGGUUGAAAAGUAGCAGAAUUGUCCUUUAAGUCAACUUAUCUCAAGUCUGAAUAGGGCCCAUAUUGCUAGGUAUGAUAGGUAUGUAUAAGCUAUAUGUCUUAAUGUGUGUGUGUCAGCAGGAGGAGGCGGAGGCCCAUGAGGAGCUGGCCCUGGCUCUGGCCCGGGGGUUGCAGCUGGAUAUCCAGCGCUCCAGCAGGGACUCCCUGCAGUGCUCCAGUGGCUACAGCACCCAGAACACCACGCCGUGCUGCUCUGAGGACACCAUCCCCUCACAAGGUACUGUAAUGUGUAUGUGUGUCUCCUACUGCAUGUUAGGGGUAAUCCACAUUAGUCCUUAAUAUAUACAGUAGAAGGUCAAUGUAUGGAUAUUUGAUAGGGGUCCACUCAAUUUGAAUUAGAGUGAGCAAUAAUAGGUGUUAGUCAUGUUUUGACUAAGGAUCUGAACCUCUUGUCUAAUGGCAUUUUCUUAUCAACAUCCAUAGGGAUAAAAAAUGUGUAUUUGAAGUGUACUGUAUGUGUAGGUGACAAUGAUCCUCAUAUUAUCUCGUCCCGCCAGUGUCCGACUACGACUACUUCUCCGUGGGUGGUGACCAGGAGACAGACCAGCCCGACUUCGACAAGUCCUCCACCAUCCCCCGCAACAGUGACAUCAGCCAGUCCUACCGCCGCAUGUUCCAGGCCAAGCGGCCGGCCUCCACAGCGGGCAUCCCCUCCACAGCCCCCUCCCCCGCCAGCAUUGUCACCCCCGGGGUGGCCACCAUCCGCCGCACACCCUCCUCCAAGCCCAACCUGCGCCGGCCCUCCGGAGGCCUGGGUCUGGGCCCCAUCCCCAUCAAGCCCCCCAUGAUCCCCGUCAAGACGCCCACUGUGCCCGAGCACCCCGGGGUGUUCUUCAGGGGAGAGAGUGAGGGAGGGGGACCACUGAGCCCCCGGAGCCCACUCUCUUCAGCGGGGGACAACGGGUUGGUGUCUCCCAAGGCAACCUGGGACACUCAGGUCCCCUCCGAUCCGCCCACUCCCCCACCUCAGUCUGGUAGUAGGCUGUCGGAGUGGGACCGUGAGGCCCUGCCGGAGGUUCAGGAGGAGGAGCCCGGAUGCGGCGAGGGGGAAGAUGUGCUCUUGGCCAUACGGCGAGGGGUCAAGCUGAAGAAGACGACGUCCAACGACCGGUCGGCGCCGCGAAUAGUGUGA